AUGGUGUCCCCCGAGGGUUUGGUGGCCGCAGCCAUGGUGCUCACCGGCCUGGGCCUCCUGGCCUGGUGCCUUUGGGCAGGGAGGCUGAAGGUGCCUGGAGACUGGGGAGAGGAGGAGGAGGAAGAGGAGGGGAUCCCCUUCAUCGCCGAGGACGGCUCAGGGCGCUCCCGGCUGCUGUGCAAGCCCUCGGCACUGGCCCAGCACCUGGUGCGGAGCUUGGGGCGGGCGGCAGCUCUGCGGGGGGGCCGCUGGCUGUGGCCACGCUGGCCCCGGCUCCAGAUGCUGCGGCAGCUCCUGCAGCCACCCGCGCUGCAGCCGGCGGUGGCCCGGGAGCUCCUGCAGCUGCCCGACACAGGGCUGGUGGCCCUGGACUGGCUGGUGGGGCCACGGGGGGCCAGAAGCGGCAGCAGCGGAGGGGGGCCCAGCUCGGUGCUGCUGCUCAUCCCCAACGCUGCCGGGAAGGUGACGGGGGGGCUGCUGCAGCUGGGGCUGCGGGCGCUGGAGAGGGGCUUCAUCCCCGUCAUCUUCAACCGCCGGGGUCACAACGGCUGCCCCCUCACCACGCCCCGGCUCCAGCCCUUCGGGGACCCCGGGGACCUGCGGGAAGCGGUGACCUACCUACGCUGCCGGCACCCCACCGCCUCGCUGCUGGCCGUCAGCGAGGGCUCGGGCUCGGGGCUGCUGCUCGCCUACCUGGGGGAGAGCGGCUCCUCCAGCCGCCUGGCCGCCGCCGCCUGCAUCUCCCCUGUCUUCCGUGGCCGGGACUGGUUUGAGGCCGGGAUGCCCUGGCUCUACGAGUGGCCGCUGCUCCUGCACCUCAAGAGGGGACUCAGCAGGUACGCGGGGUCCCUGGCCGAGGCGGUGGACGUGGACAGGCUGCUGGGCAGCCGCUCGCUGCGGGAGCUGGAGGAAGCCCUCUUCUGCCGGACCAAGAGCCGCCCCACCAGCUGGGAGGCCUACUGGGAGCGCAACGAGCCCCUGCGCGACGCCGACGAGGCGGCCGUGCCCGUGCUGUGCCUCUGCAGCGCCGACGACCCCGUCCGCGGCCCCCCAGCCCGCAGCCUGCCCCUGGAGCUGUUCCGCAGCAGCCCCUACUUCUUCCUGCUGCUGACCCCACGCGGGGGACACUGUGGGUUCCCCCGGCGGGGACCGGGCCGCUGCUGGGGCCAUGAGACAGUGUUGGAAUACUUCAGGGCGAUGGCCGAGUUCCUGCGGGCGGAGGAGCGGAGGAAGGGGCUGCCACGGCCCUGCAGGUGGGGGGGUCCCGCUGUCGAACCCCCCGUCUUCACCUGGCACAGGUCCUACACCCGGUAG